CCCUUAGCUGUCGCGUGAUCAGCUGACCGAACAGAUCGGUUUGUUAGUGUGACGAGCAGCUAAAAACAAGCCGCAGAGGAGGACUAUUUCUGUUUAUAGUUUCCACGGGGAAACCGUUCGUUGAUAAGCCUUCAAUUAGAAGGAGAUGUUCCAGUAGGACUCCUUUUUCUGACACAUCAGCAUAAUGUCAGGGAACAGCUUGGUUCUGCCCAUAGUGCUGUGGGGCCGCACAGCUCCCACCCACUGUAUCAGCAGUCUGCUGGUGAUGGACGACUUCAGCACCAUCAUCACUGGCUGCCACGACGGACAGAUCUGCCUCUGGGACAUGACACCUGAGCUGGAGAUUUGUCCCAGGGCCAUGUUGUUUGGUCAUACAGCCUCCAUCACCUGUCUGUCUAAAGCCAGUGCAUGCAGUGACAAACAGUACAUCGUGAGUGCAUCAGAGAGUGGAGAGAUGUGUUUGUGGGAUGUGAAUGAUGGACGCUGUAUUGAGUUCACCAAGCUGGCCUGUGCCCACACUGGUAUACAGUUCUAUCAGUUUACCAUCGGCACUCAGAGGGAGGGACGUCUGCUUUGCAAUGGCCAUUACCCAGAAAUCCUUGUGGUGGACGCCACCAGCCUGGAGGUCCUGUACUCAUUGGUCUCCAAGAUCUCGCCGGACUGGAUCAGCUCCAUGAGCAUCAUCCGAUCCCACCGAACACAAGAGGACACAGUGGUGGCAGUGUCAGUGACAGGGAUUUUGAAAGUCUGGAUCAUCACAGCUGAGGUCAGCAAGAUGCAGGACCUGGAUCCUGUGUUUGAAGAAGAGUCCAAACCUGUCUACUGUCAGGGCUGUCAGAGUAUUUCCUUCUGUACCUUCACUCAGAGCAGCCUGCUGGUUGUCUGCUCCAAGUACUGGAGGGUUUUCGAUGCAGGUGACUACUCGCUGCUCUGCUCGGUACCCAGUGACAACGACCAGGUCUGGACUGGAGGGGAGUUCAUCGCUGCAGACAAGGUCAUCAUCUGGACCGAAGACGGCUACAGUUACAUCUACAAGCUUCCCGCCAGCUGUUUGCGUGCGAGUGAACAUUUCCGCAGUGAUGUUGGGAAAACCAAAGAAGGUUCGAUCCCUCCACUCGUCUACACCAUUGCAAGCCACUCAGACAAACAGCUCCUGAUCUGUCCUCCUGUGACUCGGUUCUUCUUCGGCCGACGGGAGCCCUUCCAUAAGUUGCUGAUUCAGGGAGACUCAGCAGGCAGACUGUCCCUGUGGAGCAUCCCAGACGCCUCGCCUGUGCAGGCGCUGUCGACCCCUGCAGAGCUGCAGGUGUCGUCCACCAUCAGUCUCCAGGAGGCGUUUGAUAAGUUGACCCCCGUGUCGGCAGGGAUCAUCGACCAGCUCAGUGUCCUGCCUGGAAAAGAAGAACCUAUCAAGGUGACAGCCAGCGUCUACAUCCCCUCCCAGGGUCGCCUGGUGUGUGGGAGAGAAGAUGGCAGCAUCAUCCUGGUUCCUGCCACUCAGACCGCCAUCGUACAGCUUCUGCAAGGGGAGCACAUGCUCAGGAGAGGCUGGCCGCCCCAUCGUACCCUGCGAGGCCACCGGAACAAGGUGACGUGCGUCCUGUAUCCGUACCAGAUCUCCCCUCGCUACGACCAGCGCUCGCUUGUGUCCGGAGGAGUGGACUUCUCCGUCAUCGUCUGGGACAUUUUCACCGGAGAGAUGAAGCACAUUUUCUGUGUUCACGGAGGAGAGAUCACCCAGCUCAUCGUCCCACCUGAAAACUGCAGUACUCGGGUGCAGCACUGUGUCUGCUCUGUGGCCAGCGACCACUCCGUGGGCCUGCUCAGCCUCAGGGAGAGGAAGUGCAUCAUGCUGGCAUCCCGACACCUCUUCCCCAUCCAGGUCAUCAAGUGGCGUCCGGCAGAUGACUACCUGGUGGUGGGAUGCUCUGACGGCUCGGUGUACGUCUGGCAGAUGGACACAGGAGCCUUGGACCGUUGUGUGAUGGGCAUAACAGCAGUAGAGAUCCUGAACGCCUGUGACGAGCUGGCUCCGGCCACUGUGGACGCUAUGAGCCACUCAGCUGUGAACCUGAAGCAGGCAAUGACUCGACGCAGCCUGGCGGCACUCAAGAACAUGGCCCAGCACAAACUGCAGACGCUCGCCACCAACCUGCUGGCUGCAGACAAUGCAGACAAGGGCAACCUGCCAAAAUACUCCCAUAAUGCUCUGGUGGUCCAGGCGAUGAAGACCAACCUGACGGACCCUGACAUGCACGUGUUGUUCUUUGACGUGGAGGCGGUAAUCAUCCAGCUGCUGACAGAGGAAGCCCAGAGACCCAACCCCACGCUGGUGUCUCCAGAGACGCUACAGAAGAGCCAGGCUGGGGCGGACAAGGGGGGGUCCUUCCUGGCCAACAAGAUCUUCAAACAAGUGAAGGAGACAAUGAAGGAGACCAUCAAGGAGCACCUACUGGAUGAGGAUGAAGAGGAGGAGGAGGAGAUGAGGAGGCGAGAGGAGAAGUCCAAGUCUCUGAGUUUGCUAGAGUACAAUCUGACCAUGGACACGGCCAAACUCUUCAUGUCCUGCCUGCACGCCUGGGGUCUCAACGAACAGCUGGACGGCAUCUGUCUAGAGCGACUGGGCAUGCUCAGACCGCACUGCCCCAUCUCCUUCGGCCUUAUCUCCAGAGGAGGUCACAUGUCCCUCAUGCUGCCCACCUUCAAGGAGUCCUUGCUGCGACAGUUGUCCCUGGCGACAGGUCUGAAGCUGACUCUGACGGACAUCGUUGGGAAGGGGACGUAUGGCGUCUCGAGGGCUGUCACCACACAACACCUGCUGUCUGUAAUCUCAUUGGCCAACACUCUGAUGGGCAUGACCAACGCCACCUUUGUUGGAGAGCACAUGAAGAAAGCACCGGCCAGGCCUCCCAGACCAGGAGGAACCCCGGAGACUCCUCGCAGGACGCCGGCUGGCCCCCCUCAGCCUUCCAACCCGGCGCUACAGGCCCAGAUCAAACAAGCUGCUGUAGCUGCCGCAGCCAACACCAGUUCUGUAACUUCUGCUACUGCCGGGGCUACAGGGGUGCCUGGGGGCCAUCCUCAGGGGGCCCCUGGCUCCCACAGCCCCGGCCCUGCUUCUUAUAACAUCCCCUCAGUCAAUGAAGGUUGGAGUCAGCUGGCGGCCAUGCACUGUGUGAUGCUCCCUGACCUCCUUGGCCUGGACAAGUUCAGACCCCCUCUGUUGGAGAUGUUGGCGAGGAGAUGGCAGGACCGCUGUCUCGAGGUGCGAGAAGCGGCACAAGCUCUCCUACUGGCUGAAUUAAGAAGGAUUGGCCAAUCAGGACGUAAGGACACUAUAGACAUGUGGGCUCCCUACCUGCCUCAGUAUGUGGACACUGUCAGCUCUCCUGGGACGGCCACUGAGGCCUCUCCUCCGGUUCCACCUCCUCCUGAGGCUCAGCCAAUAGAAACCAAGGCUCCUGAGGAGGAAAUGGAUGUCACGGAUGAUGAUAUCACAGCAGGCUGUCUGUCCAACCUUCCACCAAACGCCAAGAAGAUCUCCAACUCAUAUGAAGAACGCCGUAAACAGGCCACUGCCAUCGUGCUCUUAGGAGUCAUUGGGGCUGAGUUCGGUGCUGAGAUUGAACCUCCAAAGGGUGCAGCACGGGCUCGAACCGGUGGACAGGCGCCUGAAGGCUUCGGACUCACAAGCGGAGGGUCAUCCAACUACUCACUGGCCAGACACACAUGUAAGGCGUUGACCUUCCUGCUGCUGCAGCCCCCCAGCCCUAAGCUGCCUCCCCACAGCACCAUCCGCCGCACCGCCAUUGAUCUGAUUGGCCGAGGCUUCACCGUCUGGGAGCCAUAUAUGGACGUGUCAGCAGUGCUCAUGGGAUUGCUGGAGCUCUGUGCCGACGCCGAAAAGCAGCUUGCCAAUGUCACCAUGGGUUUGCCCCUCAACCCACCUGCAGAUUCUGCUCGCUCAGCCCGUCACGCCCUCUCUCUCAUUGCCACUGCCCGCCCACCGGCCUUCAUCACCACUAUCGCUAGAGAGGUUCAUCGGUACAACGCAGCUCAGGCCAACUCUCAGUCGCAGCAGAACGUUCACACCACCACUCUGGCCAGAGCCAAGACUGAGAUCCUUCGAGUGAUUGACAUCCUGAUCGAGAAGAUGCCUGGAGAUGUUGUGGAUCUGCUGGUCGAGGUGAUGGAUAUCAUCAUGUACUGUAUCGAAGGUUCUCUAGUGAAGAAGAAAGGAUUGCAGGAGUGCUUCCCUGCUAUUUGCAAGUUCUACAUGGUUGGUUACUGUGACCGUAGUCACCGCAUCGCUGUCGGAGCUCGGCAGGGCUCGGUGGCCCUCUACGAUGUUCGUACUGGAAAAUGCCAGAACAUCGUGGGUCAUAAGGGUCCGAUCACAGCAGUUUCAUUCGCCCCCGAUGGUCGUUACCUUGCAACUUACUCCAACGCUGACAGCCACAUCUCUUUCUGGCAGAUGAACACCAGUUUGCUGGGCAGCAUUGGGAUGUUGAACUCGGCCCCUCAGCUCCGCUGCAUUAAGACCUACCAGGUUCCUCCGGUGCAGCCGGCGUCCCCGGGCUCCCAGAACCACCUGAAGCUCGCCCGCCUCAUCUGGACCUCCAACCGCAAUGUCAUCCUGAUGGCCCACGACGGCAAGGAGCACCGCUUCAUGGUCUAAACCACAUCUGUAUCUGUAACUCCAGCAGAGCCCACUCUGUUGUAUGUGAGAGACCUGGACGUGUUUUAGGGUUUUUGCUUCAAGGCAGAAUCUGAGGCGCUGCAGCAUGGAUUCAGUCAGUAGUCUGUAAGUUUUAGCUUCAGAUUUGUAGCUGCUUAGUCCAGUUGUUGAUAGUCUAAAAUAAAGUAAUCCGGAGUUGUUUUUUACUGAGAUUUAUUCAAGGGUCUGUUUUAAGGAAAGACGUCUCAAGUGAAAAUCUGAAGUCUGCUUAGAGAAGCAAAAAACCCAGCUCAGGUCCAGGUUUGGACGGGAUGAAGUUUUGUUUUUAUGUCCCAUAGUGAUAACUGUGAGAAAACUCACUCUGAAAUAUAUUUAAAGGCCGUGAUAGAAGGCUUGUUUACAUAAUGACUUGGAUUCAUGUGUUUUUUUAGUUCUUCAUUCCUAUUUAUUUGCUGAUUUGGUUGGAUGCCGUCUUGCUGCAAUCAUUUAGGGUCCAACUGUUGCUGUUCACUUAAAGCAAGACUUGGACUCGCUGCCAUUUGACUUCCCACAUAUGUUCUGCUUUAUUUCGAUGCUUGGUAACAGUGUGCUGUUGUUAGUAAAUGUUUGUAAUAUUGUGCAGAUAUGUGUGGAUUCACUUGCAGAAACACUGACUGGAACAUUUUUAACAUAGGUACUAAAAAUGAAUCAAUCUUGGCCCUUUUCCUCUAUUUUCAGCUCUUUAUAUUAAAGUUUGAGUCAGGACGUGAAACAACUUACAAGGAAAUUCUUAAAUGUCCAUUGCUGCGAUGAAUUCUGACUGUUGGAAAUGUUUAAAAAAAAAAACAUUCUUCUCUCCACUCAAAUGCUUUGGUUCUCACUGACCUCUGUAAGACUAGUACACACUUUUCACAUCUCAAACUGCAUACAUGCUGUGUUUAUGUGUGUGUGUGAAUACUUUGGUGUUUGUGACACAUUUGGAAGCCAUCUCUCUCUCGAGUGUUAUUCAGGAAUGUGUGUGCAUGUGUGUGUGUAUGUGUGUGCGUGUGCGUGUUGACACCCAAGUGUACUUUCAUGAACACACAUUCUCACUUCAGACUGUUCUUCCUGAAAGCACACCCACAGAAAACCUUUAUACAGUGGAGUGGCAGCGUGACUCACUGAAGAGAGUUCAAAAAGGACAAAAACUGAAGCAUUUAAUUGUUUUGGUCACAUUUUUAGGGCAUGAUAUCAACACAGUGGUACUUGAGUGUAGUUUCUAAGUCUCCAGAGGGUUAAUUUGCAAAAAGUGUCUCCCUGUCUCUAUUUUAGUCUUUUUUAAAUCAUGGUUUUUGUGUCUGCGAUCUAGGGGACAUCAAUCCAACAAGUGCUGUGUUCUUUGGAUAUUUGGAUGUUUUGUUAUUGUUCUUUGAAGAGAAUAUCAAUCAAACUGGCUUUUACCACUGCUGUUUUUGCAGAUGAACUCUCCAUUUGUUCAAAAAGGCAAUUUAAAGGCAAUUUAAUAAUUAAUCAGGUCAGCACAGUCAUUUUUCAUAAAAACGUCUUCCUUGAAUUCACGCUGCAUUGAGUCUGAGCAGAACAUCAGCUUUCUCUGGCCUCUUGGAGUUAGUUUUGUUUGGCAUGUGGUUCUUUAGCAGUGAGGUGUUCUCAGUCUGAUUUAUUUGGUGACAGCCUGCUGCCAUGGUUCCCUGUGUCUCCGCUGGAGCGACCUCCUUUAUUUGUCGCCUCGUUUGUGUGUUUGUUUGCAGAUGAUUUGGCUUUAUACUUCACUGAUUGUGAAGACGUCUCUUCAUCUUGCAGCUUUCCUCUUACAUUCAUCCUGUUCCCAUGUGAUAUCCGAGAGUAUCUCUACAUAUAGAUGUGUACAUACAGUUUACAGUAUAUAUAUCAUCAGAACUGCUGCGUGAUGUAGUCUCUCAAUCUUGUACAGUGAGCAUAGAUCCUGUUUGGUGUAUUUAUUGUGGCUAAUGUGACUUUCUGCCCAGCACUGAUGAGUUCUUCAGAUGAGUGAAUUUCCAUUUUGAGUCAAACCUUUUUCACAUCCAGACAUGUUUUAGUGUUCAGCCACUUUUUCUAGAGCCCAGCUAAAAUAUAUCAAUAUAUCUACUGAUAUUCUUAUAGACAUUUCUUUUUACAUAAACAGGCAUUUUUGUGCAAUUCCACAAAAUGGGUUUAUCAAACAUUUGUGGCAAAGAUACAUGUAUAAUGAAAGCAGGAUAUUUUAUUUGAACUCCUGUUGAGGAUUAGCUAAAAGGGCCAAAAACUUUCCAGUAACGUUAAACAUACGUGAAGACAUUAGAGCAGCAUCUCUAAAACGUCACAGAAUCUUAUUUCCUAUACAUCUGUGGUUGUUUGAUGAAGAUCUUGACUGCUUUUAUUUAAAAAAGCAAAGGUUAUUAGACCAGGGACAUGUUUAGGGUCCAGUAUUUGUUAUUUUUCUUCUCUUGCAGUAUUAAAGAAGACUGCAUCUGUUCUUUUGAAUGUUGCUAACAUUCCUUAUUAAUAUAAAAGCUUGUUAGCCUGAAACCAACCAUCCCUUCGCUUCUUAUGCUAACAUAGCUUUAACAACAUAGUCUGUUUGAAGAGCAGUGUAACAGCAGCUGACUAUGCCUUUGUACCUGACGGUGUGCAAAUACACCGUGACUCCACUUCUAGGUGGGGUUACAGAUACCGAAGCGCUCUUCUGACCACAUCAUUUGAACUCUUGGCAGGAAGUUUUCCAGCAUGACUGUGGUUGAUGAUGGUUAUUACACAUGAUUCCUUAUCUGUUGAUCAGUUGAUUUUUUAUUUUUUUUUAGAAUGCUGUCACUGUUUCAGUGUUCAGAGUUUAAUGCAGAAGGAGAAAUAUAUAGAGAUAUGAUAUACAUAUAUAGAGAGAUAGAGGAUAUUUAUAGUUUUCUUUCAGAGUCACCUUUUAUUGUCUGAAGACGUUUGAGGAAUUUGAUGCAUGCAAAUUCGACAUGACACUUCACUUGCUUUAAUUCUGUAUUAUCCACUCACCUGUCUCCUCCCGCCCUUCCUUCUCUACUCUGGCUUGCUCCCUCUUCUCCUCCCACCAUCUCCUGUCAGUUUCAUUAGUGCUGUCAGAAAGCUUCUAACACUGUUACACACCUGUAAACCCGAGCGUGUCAAAGCUUUUCACAAGUUCUCUGUCUCUUAAAAAAAAAAAAAAAAAGAAAUAGGCUGUCAGAUGGGUUUCUGAAAACACACACACAUACACACACACACACACACACACUCGUCAAGUCUAGACAGCUUUGAGAUCUUAAUCUUAGGUUUUCUCCAUCACUCUUUACAGUUUGAGGAAAAUCUGUUUUUGGCAGCCUCAUGGGGGAGGAAAGGUGAGAAAAAUAAAGAAGGCAGAGAAGAAGCUGAAGAGUAAGUAACAAGUGAGGAAGAUCAGGUCAUCCAGCCAGAAAAAGAAGGUUCUUUGGUGAAGGUAGUGAACCGAAAUGUCUAAAGGAACCCUCUGGUUUUUCUUCAUGGGAUAAAUAAGACAACAUGUGGAGCAGGCACUAGUAACGUCUCAGAAAACUGCAGAUUUAGUUUCUCAAGUUGAUGUUCACAGAACUUUAAAGAUUCUUUAUGACAGACUGAUGCUUGUCUGUGAUUUGAAUCUAAAACUUUAAGAUACAGAAAUACUUUUUUUUCCAUUCCUCCUUGUGUCAGAUUUUCUUUUUCACAGUUGACCUCCUGUUUCCUGUGAAAUUCAACAUAUAAAACAGCCUCUCCAGUCCCUCUGACUGUGGAUAACACAGGAUUUACUUCAGUUUUCACAAUGUCUGAUGUGCGAUGACCAGAUUGAUUGUGUUUUUGAAAAAUAACAGCAAAUGUUCAUUUCUGACUUUCACACCUCAUGUAAUCAGCAGUUUUUCUGAUUAUCUCUGCUUUAAUUUGAUUAUGCAUUUAAUGUUUAUACAGUGAACUCAGCCUAGAUAUUUAAGUGUGUGUGUGUGUGUUUGUGUGUGUGUGUGUGUGUGCGUGCGUGUGAUGUAGUGCAUGUAUAUAAGCUUCCCUGGAUGUAUCACUGAGCAGGUUGAAUCUACUGUGCAUCAUAUAAACACGUGUUGUGUUAAAAAUGUGUUGUUGUUAACUUUGUGUCCAAUAAAGAUGAAAAUGAGACCGUG